AUGAAACCACCACGGCUUCUUCCCCUCCUCCGCCGCCGCCUCUCAUCCGCCGCUGACGCCGCCGCUGAUGCCGCCGAGCUUGCCAGCGCGCUCUCCGUGGCGCCCUCCCCCCAUGCGAAGCGCGACCUUGCCAUCCUGCUCCGCCGCCUUGGCGGCCGCGGCCUCGCCUCCGCCCUGUCGUCCCUUCCGGCCCCGCUUUCCGCCUCCUCCGCCCUGCGCCUCCUCCAGCAUAUUCUCUCCGACGCCAACGUGUCCGCCUCCCGCCACGCCGAGGAUCUCCUGUCUCCUCGCGUCUCUGCGCUCCUCCUCCCAUCGCUCGUCGCCGAUCGCGCCUCGCUACCGUCCGCGCGCCGCCUCGUCUCACGCCUCCUCUGCUUCAACCCUCUCUCCGUCGCCGCAGCGGCUAUCGCAGACUCCGACUGCACUGCCACAGCGGACCUGCUCGUCCGCGCCUGCCUCAACUCGCCUGGCCCCGGAUCCCUGUCCCGUGCCGCCGAUGCCUUUCUCGAACUUUCCACACGUGGUGCAUUGCCGUCCAUCAAGACAUGCAAUAUCCUUGUCGAAGCCCUAGUUUGUGGUGGCCAACUGGACGUGGCCCGCAAGGUGUUUGGAGAAAUGCGGGAUGGCAAGACUGUUGCUCCUGAUGUGUACACAUACACGGUGAUGAUUAAGGCACUCUGCAGGGCUGGAGAGAUUGAUGCUGCUUUUGCGAUGCUUGCGGAGUUGCGGCGGUCUGGGGUCCAGCCGACGGUUGUCACUUACAACGUGCUAAUGGAUGCACUGUGCAAGAGUGGGGGGGUGGAGGAGGCCUUUCGGUUGAAGGGGAGAAUGGUUGAAGGCAGGGUGAGACCAAACAUUGUCACGUUUGGCAUCCUGAUCAAUGGUCUUGCAAGGGGCCAACGGUUUGGGGAGGUUGGUGCAGUGUUACAGGAGAUGGAGGGUUUUGGGAUCACCCCUAAUGAGGUUAUUUACAAUGAGAUGAUUGGUUGGCAUUGUAGGAAAGGGCAUUGCUCAGAGGCACUUAAGCUGUUUGAUGAAAUGGUCUCAAAGGGGAUAAAGCAGACAGUGGUGACUUACAACUUGAUUGCGAAGGCUCUGUGCAAAGAAGGAGAAAUGGAACAUGCUGAGAAGAUAUUGGAUGAGAUGUUGUUGGCUGGGAUGAUGGUUCAUUGCGCCUUGUUUAAUAGUGUGGUUGCAUGGCAUCUCCGAGGAACUGGAAGACUGGAUUUGGCGCUAAGGCUUAUAAGAGAAAUGCUUGCCAGAUUUCUGAAACCAAAUGAUGCUCUGAUGACAGCUUGUAUCCAGGAGCUUUGCAAAAGAGGGAAACACGAAGAAGCAACUGAAAUUUGGUUCCAAGUUUUGGGUAAAGGUUUAGGUGUCAAUAUUGCAACAUCCAAUGCGUUGAUUCAUGGGCUUUGUCAAGGUAACAACAUGACAGAAGCUACUAAGGUUCUAAAGGCUAUGGUGAAUAGCGGGGUUGAAUUGGAUAGAAUCACAUAUAAUAUAAUGAUUCAAGGCUGCUGCAAAGCCAGUAAAAUGGAGGAAGCAAUACAACUUCGUGAUGAUAUGAUCAAAAGAGGGUUUAAGCCCGACCUUUUCACUUUUAAUACUUUCCUACGCGCUUACUGUAAUUUGGGUAAGGUGGAAGAGAUCCUUCACCUGUUGGAUCAGAUGAAAAGUGAGGGCCUUAAGCCAGAUAUUGUGACAUAUGGCACUAUAAUAGACGGUUACUGCAAAGCAAAGGAUAUGCAUAAGGCGAAUGAAUGUUUGACUGAAUUGAUGAAAAAUGGGUUAAGACCGAAUGCAGUCAUCUAUAAUGCUCUUAUUGGUGGUUAUGGUAGGAAUGGUAACAUUUCUGAUGCAAUUGGUGUUCUUGACACUAUGAAGUAUAAUGGCAUACAACCAACACCUAUAACUUACAGUAGCCUUAUGUAUUGGAUGUGUCAUGCUGGUCUUGUUGAAGAGGCCAAGGCAGUUUUUGCGCAAUGUAUAGUAAAGAACAUUGAGCUUGGAGUAAUUGGCUACACAAUUAUAAUUCAAGGUUUAUGCAAAAUAGGAAAAAUUGAUGAAGCUGUGAUGUACUUCAAGGAAAUGCAUUCCAGGGAUAUACCUCCAAAUAAGAUGACCUACACCACUCUGAUGUUUGCCUAUUGCAAAUCUGGCAACAAAGAAGAAGCUUCCAAGCUUUUUGACGAGAUGGUGAGCUUUGGCAUUGUUCCUGAUAGUGUUUCCUACAAUACACUAAUUUCAGGGUUUUGUGAGGUGGAUUCAUUGGAUAAGAUGGUAGAAAGUCCUGCUGAAAUGUCCUCACGAGUUUUGAAACAAGAUGGCUGUUCGUACAAUGCUUUUGUUGAUGGAAUAACUACACCCUGGUUGACGUUUGCACCUAAUGAAGGUUGCAUAUCUGAUGGUUUUGAAGAGCCAGUUAUUGCCUCUAUUCUAAAGGAAACACUCAAAGCUCUAGACUACCUCCAUAGGCAAGGGCAUCUUCAUCGUGAUGUGAAGGCAGGAUGGCUCCAGAAGUUCUCCAGCCUGGAACUGGAUAUAAUUUCAAGUAUGUGGUGA